AAAUGUUUCUUUUUUUUCAAUUUGAAAACCGCAGGCGUGUCGCUUAUAUGCAGGGACGCCUCAGCGCGUGUUAAACAAAGAUGGCGGCGUUCGAUUCUCGCGUGGAUGAGUUGAUUACAUAUUUUAAGUCGCAUAAUAAAAUAAGGGAGCAACAAAGCCACUCGGCAAAGGUUCACAGUGUAGGAUGGAAUUGCGACGGGAAGUUAUUGGCUUCUGGAUCGUUCGAUAAAUGCGUUUGUAUCUUUUCACUCGGAUCCGACCGCUUGAAACAGGAAACUACCUUUCGGGGUCAUGGCGGUAGCGUGGAUCAACUUUGCUGGCAUGCUUCGCAUCCAGACUUGUUAUCGACAGCAAGUGGCGAUAAGACAGUUCGAAUAUGGGAUACCAGAAGUCAGAAAUGCACAGCAAAUAUUAGUACCAGAGGCGAGAAUAUUAAUAUAUCGUGGUCUCCAGAUGGUACCACUAUCGCCGUUGGCAAUAAAGAAGAUCUGGUAACUUUCAUCGAUGCUAGGGUGAUGAAAAUUCGUGCCGAGGAGCAAUUCAACUUCGAAGUGAACGAGAUCUCAUGGAAUAAGGAUUCGGAUACAUUUUACCUAACCAAUGGACAGGGUUGCGUUCACAUUCUCAGCUAUCCUGACCUGGAGCUUCUUCACGUGAUAAAGGCACAUCCUGGAACUUGUAUUUGUAUCGAAUUCGAUCCCACGGGUCGGUUUUUUGCGACAGGCUCAGCAGAUGCAUUGGUUUCUUUGUGGGACGCGGAUGAAUUAUGUUGUUUAAGAACGUUCUCGCGGCUCGAGUGGCCUGUCAGGACAAUAUCAUUUUCGUACGAUGGGCAGUUACUGGCUGCUGCCUCGGAAGAUCUCGUUAUCGACAUCGGUGAAGUGCAAACAGGGGAGAAGGUUGCGGAUAUACCUGUCGAGGCUGCUACAUUUACAGUGGCUUGGCAUCCAAAGCAAUACUUGCUUGCAUACGCAUGUGACGAUAAAGAUACCUACGACAGGAAAAGAGAUGCCGGUAGUUUAAAAGUGUUCGGAUUUGCCAACGACUAAGAUAAGCAUUAAUUUUAGACUAUACACAUAAGCGUUGUAUCUUUGAUAUUCAAAGCUAUGAGAUGAAAAUAUACUUUUUGGUACCCAAAA